AAUGAGAGAGAGAGAGAGAGAGAGGGAGGAAAAUAUAUAUAAUGUAUAAAAAACAUGUACCAAGAAUCUUUUUCAACUUUAAUUUUAAACAAAUGAGACAAUUAUAUUUAUAACGAAUACGGAUGAAUAUUAUAACAUAUACGGCGUGAUAUCUACUUGUGCAAAAGCCAACUUUUGAGGUUAUUCAAUUCUUAUAAAAUGAUGGAAGAAAGAGAGAGAAAUGAUAGAAGACAUAUCCUGUACAUCGGCGGUAUUUUUCCAGCUUUAAAAUUUGAUUUCGACGACGUGGAUAUCCCUCUAAGACAACCAUGCGUAUCCAAUUUAGAUAUAUUUUUUUUAAUAUGUUCGAUUAUAAUGCAUUUAAUUGACAUGGCAUUUGAUAUUAACAUCGCGGUAAGAUAUUUACUGGCAAAUAAAACAAUAUAUUUUAUUUGGACUCUUUCUUUUCUACUUAUUCCAUCUUUCAUAAAUGUAAUUAUUAGCAGAAGAAUGCAACAUCAAGAUGAAGAGAUAGAUUCAGACUUGAUGCAAUUAGAAAAUCAUAAGUCUGCGCAAAUGAUGACAAGAAAGAAAGUAUGUUGCAUCUUGGCGGUGGUUUUCCAAUUAGCACCCGUGGUACAUUAUUACGAUACUUUGAUUUAUGCUUUGAAGGCACGUAAGUGUGAAAAAAUAGGAGAUAGAAAUGGCCAAAAACAAUAUUAUUUUAAAAUGCUGAAGGAAGAUCAAGAUGUUGCACUUUUGAGAAUAUUUGAAUGCUUUCUUGAAGCAGCACCUCAACAAGUUUUACAAUUAACCAUUUUAUUGAAGCAUUAUAACAGCGACAUUAAUCUUGAAUUUAUACAUCAAAUUGGAAGUAUUAUUAGUUCUUUAGCCAGUAUGGGUUGGGCAAUGGCGAGUUAUAAUCGCAGUAUUCGAUUAGCCCAAUUUGAUAAGGAAAUAAUAAGCAUUCAAGGUAACAUAUGUCAAUUUUUGUGGCAUUUUUGCGUUACAGUCUCAAGAAUUUUAAUGGUGAGUUUCAUUGCUAGUAUAUGGCCGUUAUACACCGCUAUCGCUUGCAUCUGUCAUUGGAUUGCCAUGACAAUUUGGAUCUUGAUCGAUUCUCAUGGUAUAUUACAAUUUUGUCGCAAAAAUAAUCGUGCACCACAUAUUGCACCAACGAUAACAGAACGAGUUUAUUCCAUGCUUCUUGCAUUGGUCAUUGGUCUAGUCCACAUAUUUGUAUAUUUAAAUGUUAUAGACGGCAAUACUCGUGUAAAACAUAUAUUCUUUUAUGGCUUAUGCUUUUGCGAGAAUGUUAUCGCAAAUCUUCUUUGGAUGUUAAAUUUAUCUAUAGAAGCCAAAAAUUCAUGGUACUUUUUUAUAUACAUUUUUCCUUGUACAGUGUCUUUCUUAUUGGGUAUUACUGCCAUGAUUCUUUAUUAUAUGCGUUAUCACCCGGCUAAAAAGAAUCAGCCACAAUCGAGCUUAAGAAAUGAAGAUUGAUUUUCGAUAAUGUUUAGGUAGAUAAUAUUUACGUAGAUAGCUAUAACUUUUCAUUA